AAUCGAAUACUUGAGUACUCUUCUCAUUUCCAAGAAAAAAAAAUACUCCUUACAUUUUUAUUUGGAUCUUCAAAAAAGCCACGGACUACAUGUUACACAUAAGUUGAAUGGAUCCAAUGCAUUAUAUUUAUUUCUUUUCAGCAUUUAGUGAAAUUCAUUAAUGUAGCAAGACACGUGUCAUGUGUUGUGCCACUUUCUAUCAACCAUCAUGCUAGGGUUUAAAUGCCCUUCAGUAAAAUGUGUGCUGGAGUAAGAAUGAAUUCAUCUAAAGCUAGGUGUCUCCUUUGCCUCCCUAAAAGGUAUGAUCAUUUUUGUUUUGCUAGUUUUUAUAUUUGGUUGAUAUUUGGACAUUUCCUGUACCUAGGCUAGCUAGCCAGGUAAAUUCUAGCUAUUAAUUAUAUAUCAUAUGAGCAAUAAUGUGUUUUUUUGUGAGAGUAUCUGUCUUUACCGAGAGCUGCAGUGUGGAAUCAGGGCCACAGCAAUGGCAGCCUGAUGUUUGGCCACAAGAUGGUGGCAUGGUAGCGGCCAUUUGAUGUUUAGAAAUAUGGUGCAUGUUGUUUGUUGUUUAAACCAGUUAAGAAGAUUUUCCAAGGAUGUGCAUUGGAAACAGCUGAAUUUUGGUAAACAAAGUGGAAAGAAAGUGGGCAUCCAUGCUAGUUUAGUUUAGCAUCCAUGGUAGAGCUAAGGCUAACCAUAGCUCUACCAUGCAGCAGUCAGAGGGUGCAUAGUUUCCUGCAGUUUCAUUGUAAUCAUGUUCACCUGUGUUUCCGAUGCACAUCCCUUGUAAAAGUUUAACAAUAAACAGAACUUCCUAACACUGCAGUUAACUACCCGGUGCGAACCCAGGGACUUCUGUGUUUUCAUUUUUACAGAAACUUGGCUCAACAACAGCAUUCCAGAUAUAGCCAUUCAGCUGGCUGGGAUACCUGCUGACUGGAUUGCAGUGGUGGCCAUGUCUAAGCUGGAGAAGGCAAUUGUUUCUAUAGUGGAGUUGUUUGAAGAAUACGCUCUAACAGACCAUAAACAGCUGAGCAAUGUAGAGCUGAGUGAUCAGAUAAUGAGCCAACUGAGGAGCCCAGAGUUCCAGAGUAAAGUAGACCAAGAUGACAUUUCUGAAGCCCUGCAAAAAAUGGACAAGAACCGUGAUGACCAGAUGAACUUCAAAGAUUUUAGUCAAUCUGUGGCCAUUCUUGCACAGGCCUAUGGCAAGUAUGGCAAGGGCAAUCACCAAGGUCACCAGUGAAAUCCUUCAUAUGCAGCAUGACCAAAAAGUCUCCAUAGAAAGGGAAAUUUAAAACAUGUAACAGAUAAUUUACCAAACAAUUAAAAUGUUAUAUGUAAAUAGUUACAUAAUUACCUAAAAAAAAGUGUUAAUUUCCUCUAUGGUUGGAGACUUUUGGAACACCACAAAAAAAAUCACUCCAUCUUUAUUGAAUGAAAAGAUAACUGUUUCAUCAGUGCAAUAUAACUGGGGUCUGUGCAAUCUAGAUAGAUUAAAUAGAUUUUUCUAGAUUUAUUUAUUUAGAUUUUUCUUAUAUUACUGCAAAUAUAUUACAUU